CCCCGCCCCGGGCCACCGCGGCGCGGGCAGUGUGGCCAUGGCGGGGCCGGGCGUCGGGCGCCGAGCUGCGGGGCUCCCCCUGCGCCGCUGGCUGCAGCCGCUGGCCGGGGCGCCGCGCUCGGAGCCGGCCCGGAGGGGCCGAGCCAGCGCGGCCGGAGCAGCCGCUGCGGCGCAGGGCGAGCGGCGGCUGAAGGGCCCCGAGGAGCUGCCGGGGCCGGGGCUGCUGCGCUCCCUGUACUGGAUCUUCGUGCGCGGCUACCUGCUGCAUACGCACCAGCUGCAGAUUACGUUCCGGAAGCUUUACGGCCCCAUGUGGAAAUCCACCUUUGGGAAGUACAAGAACGUGAACAUCGGGAGCCCGGAGAUCCUGGAGCAGCUGCUGAGGCAGGAGGGGAAAUACCCCAUGAGGAGCGACAUGGCCCUGUGGAAGGAGCAUCGGGAUAUCAGGCAGCUGCAGUACGGCCCGUUCACCGAGGAAGGGGAACGCUGGUACCGCCUGCGCCAGGUUCUCAACCAGCGGAUGCUCAAGCCGUCGGAGGCCACGCUGUACACGGGGGCCAUCAACGAGGUGGUGUCGGACCUGAUGGCCCGGCUGCAGGUGGAGAGGGCGGGGAGCCCCUCGGGGGUCCUGGUGGGGAACGUGACCAACCUGCUCUACAGCUUCGCCCUGGAAGGCAUCUCCUACAUCCUCUUCGAGACCCGCAUCAGGUGCCUGGAGCAGGAGAUCCCCGUGGAGACGCGGCGCUUCAUCGACGCCAUCGGCCUCAUGCUGAAGAACUCCAUCUUCGCCACCAUCCUGCCCCAGUGGAGCCGGGAGCUGCUGCCCUUCUGGAACCGCUACCUGGAGAACUGGGACAUCAUCUUCGCCUUCGGCAAGAAGCUGAUUGACAGGAAGAUGGAGGAGCUGGAGGUGCAGCUGGAGCGAGGCGAGCAGGCGUCGGGCUACCUGAGCUACCUGCUGGCCAGCGGCAAGCUGAUGCCGGAGGAGGUGUACGGCAGCGUGGCGGAGCUGCUCCUGGCCGGCGUGGACACGACGUCCAAUACCUUGUCCUGGGCCCUCUACCACCUAGCCAGGAGCCCAGAGACCCAGACCUCCUUGUACCAGGAGGUGAACAGUGUCGUCCCCGGAGAGCAGAUCCCCAGCGCCCAGGAUCUCGCCAAGAUGCCGCUGCUUCGGGCCAUUAUCAAGGAAACGCUCAGGCUGUACCCCGUGGUCCCCACCAACUCCAGGGUCAUGGUGGAGAAAGACGUCGUCAUUGGAGGCUAUCACUUCCCGAAGAACACGCUCUUCGUCCUGGCUCACUACGCGAUGGCGCACGACCAGACCAGCUUCCCGGAACCCGAGCGUUUCCUGCCCCAGCGCUGGCUCCGGGGCCACGGCUCCGCCCACCACCCCUUCAGCUCCAUCCCCUUCGGCUACGGGCUCCGCGGCUGCCUGGGCCGGCGCAUCGCGGAGCUGGAGAUGCACCUGGCUCUGGCCAGGAUCAUCCAGACGUUCGAGCUGCGGCCGGAUCCCCGUGGCACGGAGGUGAAGUCGGUCUCCCGCAUUGUCCUGGUGCCCAACAAGCCCAUCAACCUGCAGUUCAUUGCCCGCCAGCCGGCCCCCUGAGCGCGCCCACCCCGCUUUGCUCAUCCCAGGGCCCCAUCCGAGUCCGCCCCUCACCUGGGCCUUCCGGGCAAGACAGGUCUGCCCUGGGCCCAGCUCUCUCCCCGUUAGGCCCUGGGGAUGGCAGCUGCUCACGGGUCAGGGUGUAGGUGGGAUCUCGGCUGGCGUGGGCAGGGCAGCCGUGUGGUCUCCAUGUAGCUGGAAUCAAUGGGCCAAAGGUGUUCCUGCGUCCGUCGCACUCCAGCCUUACAGGGUGUUGAACAGGGUCUGGGGUUCGCGGGCGCAGCCGGGGCCGUCCGGACACCCUGGCAAAUGCCCCGGUUGCCUUUCACUAGCGAUCCCCAAACCGGGGAGAAGCAGCGCCAGCCUGGAACCGGGCAGGGCUAAGUCAGGCCUGGCUGGGAACGGGAAGGAAAAGGCACCAGGGGUGACUCUCAGCUGGCACUGAGGACGUCCUGGGACAGAGGAGAGGUUAGUGGAGAUGGGCCGGAGCUGGCUGUCAGCCCAGGGGUGGCAGGAUAUGGCUGGCACCGGCAGAGGCAGCCCUGCCAGCUGGGUCCCUCUGCUCAGCGUGAGGAAGGCCGGGGGGCAAGUGGUGCCAGUCUCCUUUGGAGGAUGCAGCCACAGCGAUGGGGAGCCUAGCUCCCAUGCCCCCCACAUUGCUUUGUCUGCCCAUUAGGCCUAACAGCCCGCUCACCCAUUGUGGUUCGUUCAUUUCCGGACCUCCCCACCCAGGCUGUGUUCACCAGGCCUGAGCUCCCCCGGCCAGGCGUUUUGCUGGGACCACUUUGGCCUGGCUCCCUUUGCCCAGCAAGAUGUGCCCAGCUUGAACUGAGGGUAUGUUGGUGGGUCUGGCUAUCGCCCCAGCUCCCGGGGAUGGGUCAGGGCCUCCCGCUGCUUGGGGGGGCUGGGGUCCCCGUUAACCAUGAAAGCACCGAGCCGGAGGUGCCGCUGCUCUGAUCCAAAGAGCAAACUCCGCAUCUCCCCCCUCGGCGUCGUUGGAAUUCCCCGCAGCAGCAGGGACCCGAAGAGCAGCUCGCCCCCCCUCGCCCUGCCCCAGGGGCUGCCCGUUCCAGGCUGGGCGGCGGGAGGGGUUGGGGGGGGUUGCCCCAACGUGCCCCCACCACUCUAGCACCACCUAGCCCCUGCCCCCCGCCCACGGCAGAGGAACCUCUGCACCGGGACAGUCUGUCUCGGGCACCGCCAGGGGGGACCCGGCCAGGCCUGGCCGGAGCUGGGCUGCAGCGGGCUCCACUAACCUCCCUGCCACCGGCCUGUGACGAACGCAUAGGGCUGGGUGCCAGGACUCCUGGGUUCGAACUCCGACACUGACGCCGACUCUCAUGCCCGCCCUGGCCCGGAGGCCCUCUGGUGAGCGACCUGCCGCGUGCCUGCAACCUCCCAGCUUCCCCGGGGGGCCAGGGCCGGGGGCUGUCAGCGCUGCCCCAGGCGUGGGGGGGUCCUGUAGCCCAGCUGGGCAGCAAUAAAGCAACGUGCGCUUAUGCUCCUGCA